AUGCGUUAUUCUGGCAGUUUACUCCAAAACCUCUCUAUCGAACGACUCAACCUCUCCCCUUCAUCAGUCCGCGAGCCGCACUGGCUUGCAAAUGCCAACGAGCUUGCCUACUGUCUAUGCGAAACCGUGCUCGUCAGUAUCCCCGACACAGGCAAUGUAUUCUCUACAUUCGUCAUUGGAUCCGGUCAAAUGUUCCAUGUCGAAUCUGGUUCCUUACACCAUAUCGAAAACAUCAGCAAUGAAGAAGCGGAGACAAUCAUCUGUUUCCGCCAUGAAAACCCACAAGAUUUCGCUCUGUCCGCCUCGAUGGGUGCCAUGAAAGACGCCGUCCUCGGCAACACCUACGACCACCACUCUGACGACUGGUCGAAUAUCACCCGAAACACCCAGCCUAAGUACAUUGUCCAGCGCAAGGAAAAGCCCCAUGUCCUUUCCACAGCCUACUUUUCCGACUCGCACAAGUACGACAUCGAGAACAUGAAGCCACCCGUUGCCUCGGACGUCGGCUCGAAUCGCACGGCACGGAACCAAUUCUGGCCGGCUCUGCACAAUAUAUCUAUGUACUCCUUACGCGUUGAAGACACUGGCAUGCGCGAGGCACAUUGGCACCCCGAGGCGGCGGAGCUGGGGUAUGUUGCCGAGGGAGAGGGCCGUAUGACCAUCAUGGAUCCGGAUGGGUCUACCGAUGCUUAUGUUUUGAAGAAGGGAGAUAUGUAG